AGGUGUAAUCAUUUCGUGGAAGGUCAGUGCAAACAAGAUCAGAAGCCUCCUCGUGAUUUUUAUCUGAGAAAAAGUGUUUUUGUUUUCUGCUUUUUGUGAUUUCAAUUUAAUUUUUGUGUUACUUCCUCCUCCUUCUUUAAUUUUGUUUAUUCCAUUCUUCAUAUAUUGGCAACUCUUAUAAGGUACAGCAACCACCAUCAGGUAUUAUCAGUGAUUCCAAAGUCCUAAGGAAUUUGCAGAGCCUCCCUACCCUACCCAGUACCCAACCCAACCCAACCCAUAUCUUCUUCGUCUUUUCAUUUUCUCUCGUGAUAAUAUUCCUUCCCUCUCUCACUCUCUCUUUUGCUCCCACCUGCUGCUUUCUGUUUGCGUAGCUAGGGAGCAUAAAGGUUUCUGCUUUUCUCUACUGCAUAUAUAAGAGAGAAGAGGUUGGAAAGAAACUAUAGUUUUUAAGGGGAUUAAUUUUGGGAGGACGAAGAGGUUGGAAAGUGAAGAUCUUUUUGACUCUAGACAGUGUUUGGGUAUUUGUUAAAGAGAGAAAAUGAAUAGCUGUGGAAGAGAAGGAGCGGUGAGGCAAUAUAUAAGAUCGAAGGUUCCUCGUUUAAGAUGGACCCCUGACCUGCACCGUUGCUUUGUUCAUGCCAUUGAGAAUCUUGGAGGUCAUCACAAGGCUACCCCUAAGCUUGUUCUUCAGUUGAUGGAUGUCAAAGGGCUCACAAUUUCACACGUCAAGAGCCAUCUUCAGAUGUACAGAAGCAUGAGAGGUGACUUGGGAAGACAAGGAAGGACAUCCUCCCAACAUAGAAACCAAUCUUUUGAGGAACACGAUGAUGGGUGUGUUGAUGAAGUGAAUGAUGUUGGUGUUCAAUACUCUUGUUCAAAACUCACUCGAAGAGAAUCUGAUUCCUUAUUGGGCUACAGUGAUUUCUCCCCUAAAAGAGCAAGAAUCGAGAGGACGAGUGAGAGCCUGCAAUGCAGCCAAAGAGUUCCAAAUCCGUACUGCUUUUAUGAUUAUAUGGCUGAAGAGGAGCAGAAGGGAAUAAAGGAGGUUUGUGGUGGUUCAAGACGGCAGACACAACCCCAUUCCACACCAUUCCAUCUGCUACCUGAUUUUUGCAACCUUAGUUCAUUCAAAUGUCAAAAGCAAGAAUCUGAUUUCCUCCAGGUUACUAAAUUAAAUGGUAGAACCACUUCGCAGAUAAUUAAUGUGGUUGGGAACGCUGAGUCGGCACGUGCAGAAGUUGAACAUGUAGGAGGGUGUGAGUUGUCAUUGUCACUCACAUUGCCGAAUCCUUCCCCUCAGAGAAGUAAUGCUUCUUCGGCCAGUGAGAUCAGUGAGGCAAUCUCAUCUUGCCUUGGGUUUAACAAUUACAAAGACUGCUUUAGUUCUUCCGCUGUCAAAGAUAGAAUUAAUUUAGACCUAUCUUUAGCCUUAUGUGGCAAUUGAUUUGAUGCUCAUUGUAAAAUCAUCUACUUUAGGCAUAAUCUAGUUUACAAUUUUGGUGAUGUUACUUGUUUCUAUUGGGUACCUUUUCAAUCAGCAUUUUAAUUAAUUUAUAAUCCAGUUUC